AUGGCAUACGUACUGCUACUCAUCUUUCUCUCACUUCAUUUCAUCUCAGCGCAAUUGACCAGUGAUCCAGGACUAGCAUUUGAAGUGAUCGGUGCUGAAGCACAAGAUGAUAAGAUGAACAAACACGUCAAAAUGAAACGGAAACUGCUGAACAUCAUCCGAAAGAGAUUAAACUGCACAAGGAAGAUAAACCGGAAACAACAACUGCAACCGAAACUGUUACCACAAAAUUGCCAUAAAAAAUGGAAAUGA